CUGUCACCAUUAAACACGGAGUGUUCGAUUUUAGUUUUUCUGAGCCCCUGACAAACAACUGUUGAACUUUGCUAUUUGACGCCGAAUAUUUUGACGUAACUCCUUCAAACAAGAUACGGUAGUGCGCCAGCGCACGUACGUAAACCAGUUCAAGAAUAUGGUACAGACGUUUGUUAACAAGAAGUCGUUCUUUGGGCUGAGCGUGCACUCACUGUGCAGUCAGUGUGUCAUGGAGGAGGAAGGUAAAUAGAAGACCUGCGCUUACAAAACACGACGGACGAUUUAGUGGCUGUUUUUUGGGGGGGGGGGCAUGGCACUCUAACGACGUCAACUUUAGUCCGGACGCGGUGAUAAAAGCACAACAGAGCGAGCGGAGGUAUCGGAGAAGGAGGCACAGCGGUGGUUGAAGCUCCAGGCAGCAGCUUCUGUCGGCGUUCUCAGGUGGCCCGUUUGGGAUUGCCUCAUCCUGGUAUUGCCAUGGCGAUGCGGGAGCUUGUGGAGGCAGAAUGUGGCGGAGCAAAUCCACUCAUGAAGUUGACCGGUCACCUGACCAAGGAAGGUGGGGCAUGGCGGCACCGCUCCACACCUACGAUUCCUCCAACACCCAUUGAACUCACAACUGAAGAAGAGCUAGUGAAUGAGUUCCUCCAUGCACCUCCACGUCCCCCUCACACAUUUGACAUGGGUCAGCUGCUGGAAGAGAUGCAGCAGAUCGACCAGCAGAGCUACAGACAGGCUCCGCAGAGAGCUCCAGAUGUGGCAGCGUUGGCUCUGUCGGGUGACUGGGCAGCAGAGUUCAUCUCUGGUUCGGACUCUGCGUCGACGGCGGGCCUCGUCGCACUCAGUGACGCAGCAGACGCUGACUGGACUAAAGAAUUCAUUGCUCAGGCUGCAGAUCCUGGACGCUGGGCAGAGGAAUAUCUGGAACAGUCAGAGGAGAAGCUGUGGCUGGGAGACUUUGGAGACAAGGAGAACGAGUGGACAAAGGAAUACCAUCCUGGAGAGGAGUUGAGGCAGACCGCCAAUGAGCUUGUCUCAAACAUUGAUGACCCAAAGUUACAAAACACAGAGUUCCUGCGAUUCAUUAGGCAAAUUGGCGAGGGCAGUGUGACAGUGGAAAGCAGGACAGACAAACAGCUCACAGAUAAAGCUCAGGCCGAGGAGGCUCACAACUGGGCUUCCAACCUCAACCAGGUGUCGCAGGAGUCUGCUGAAGCCUGGGUGGAUGAGUUCACUGCUGCAGGACCGGAUUUCCACCAAGCCAAAGCAGCGGUAGAGAGUGAUGUGGAUUUCUGGGAGAAGCUGCAGCAGGAGUGGGAGGAGAUGGCAAAACGGGACGCAGAGAGUCAUCCCUGGUUGUCGGACUUUGAUCAGCUGCUGAGCUCAUCUUACGACAAGGGGUAUCAAUUUGAAGAGGACAACCCCUACUUGUCCCACCAGGACCCUCUAACGGAAGGCGUGAAGAGAAUGGAGGCUGGAGAUAUCCCUGGGGCUGUGCGCUUCUUUGAGAGUGCAGUACAGAAAGAACCAGACAACCAGCUGGCUUGGCAAUAUCUGGGCACUUGUCAAGCAGAAAAUGAACAAGAAUUUGCUGCCAUCAGCGCUCUCCGCAGAUGUGUGGAGCUGAAGAACGACAACCUGACCGCUCUGAUGGCACUGGCCGUCAGCUUCACCAACGAGUCACUGCACCGGCAGGCCUGCGAGACUUUACGUGACUGGCUCAAGCAUAACCCCAAAUACAGCGCUGUUUGGGAGCAGCACGAGCGGGAACGCCAACAGGCCGCUUCUGGAGAAAGGGAAAAACAGAGGGAACGUUUUGGCUCUCUCCUGCCAGAGUCCUUGUUUUCAGACGUACAGACCUUGUUCCUGCAUGCGGCCAACACGGACCCUGCGCAAGUGGACCCUCAGCUGCAGUGCGGUCUGGGAGUCCUCUUCAACCUCAGCGGCGAGUACGAUAAAGCGGUGGACUGUUUCACCGCGGCACUCUCUGCCACACCACAGGACUAUUUACUCUGGAACAAGUUGGGUGCCACGCUGGCCAACGGUAGCCGCUCGGAAGAGGCCGUAGCUGCUUACAGGAGAGCCUUGGAAUUGCAGCCAGGUUUCGUCCGCAGUCGCUACAACCUGGGAAUCAGUUGUGUUAACUUAGGAGCGCACAGAGAGGCGGUGGAGCACUUCCUGGAAGCGCUGUCUCUUCAGCGCCACGCUGCCGCCGGCGCAGAAGCCAGAGCCAGGCGGGGACCCGGCGGCACCGCAGCCACCGUCAUGUCCGACAACAUCUGGUCCACCCUGCGAAUGGCUCUCAGCAUGAUGGGGGAGAGCUCGCUGUACUCGGCCGCUGACCGCCGCGACCUGGACACGUUACUGGCCCACUUCUGCCAGAGGGAAGUGGAGGGCGGGCCCGAAUGAAGGUCUGUCACUGGGGGUCUUAUUGAGUGCGAAUGUUCCCUGUAUGGAGGUACAUGCACUGAAAGGGACAACAUGAGGGAACUGAGGAGGACGACACUGUGAAUCGUCCUCUGUUCAUCAAUCGGUGCCCUUCGGAGACAAAUGCAGUAUAUGUAUCAGCCAACCGGAGUACAUUUAUUUUGUGUAUUUGGCAUUUCAUGUUUCUUCUUACAAUGCUUUGACAGUUUUGUAGUAACACUACUGCAGUUUUCUUCUCUUCAAAUACGAGGAGCGCCCUCAACUCCAGCAUGGUUAUGAUGUACAGUAGAUUGAUGGUUCAAACAAAGUGAGUACAAAUUUUGAAGUUGCUCCCCUUUUUGUCACAAAGACUUGCAAAAUGGAAUGGUUAUACCAAUUGUUCUUUUUUUUUGUACAAACAUUAUUUAAUUUUUUUUUUUUUUACAAUCAGUUAUCAGCCUGGCCGUUGAACAGAAGUAUAGUGAAAUGGUUAUGAGUGCUUGUGUGACUGAGACAGCAUGGGUGUGUGAUUUGGUGAGAAAGAGUGAGGAACAGUUUGUGUGUGCGCCUGCGUGUGCAUGCGUGUUUGUGAGAUAGAGAUUGUCAAUUUGUUUUAGUGAGAUGUAUGUGAGGUUGUUAGUGUGAGUUUGGGUGUGUGAUGUUUCACGUGAAGGAGCUUGUGUCAGAGGGUUUUGUGUGUGUGUGUGCGCGCGCGUUUGAGAGUUUCUCUGUAUGUACAGGCAAAGUGAAUGUUAAGAUCAUAUUUCUUUAAUAUGGCAGGUUCUGUUUGGGCUCCUCCCUCCCUUUUUCACAUCUCUCAUCAAACAGAUGUCUCCAUUGUAAAUUGAACUGCUUAUUAUGUGUAUUGUCACCUAAUUGUUGCACUAUAAUUCUUUUCAGGCAACUGAUGGCCUGGCUGCAAUGUUUCAUACAAUAAUCAGCAAUAAAGCUUGGUUUUCAAAGUG